ACGGCUCCUGGGUCUCACAUGAGGCAACACCGCCUCAGCGCUUCCACGGCGCAUAGUGAAGGACGGAGCCGUAAAAGCAGCCAGGAAGCGGAGCGGGCCUGCGCAGUCCGCCACGGAGCGGCUGGGAGUUCAAGCUUGUGGAGACCGGAGUUACUGAGACCAGGAGAGGCGGCCCGUCCGUCCGUCUCUUUCUUCCCUGAAGGCGCGGCGCCGCUUGUCGUAGUGCGGAGUGAAGCUUCUGGGAAGCGUUACGCCUGGUAAACGGAAUUCAGAGUGCCCUUUGUUUACAUCCUACUUCAGAUUAUUCUAAACACCAAGAGGCAGUAGCAGGAAAUUGACAUGGGCAAACAACAAAUAUGGAACUUGCUGAACUGCAGGUCUACAAUAAAAUCGAUCAAUAAAGUUCCAUAUAACAUGAUGCAUUCUACACCUGUGAUUUUAAACCUAAAAAAUAAGUGUCAGGAUAUGAGAAAUUUUCCAGUAUUGGAAGGUGAAAUACCUUCAUUCUGUAGACAUAUAUUUGAGGGAAAUGCGAGGAACAGCAAGACAUGUAUUCAAAGAUAUUCAGAGCUAUCUGAGAAGGUCAAAAGCAAAACAAAAAAUGCAAUAUUGAUUCAUACACAGAGGAAAAAGAAAUUGCUUGUUCAUGAACGCUUAAAAUUGCUUCUUGAUGAUGAAUCUUUUCUUGAGCUUUCUCCUCUUGCAGGGCUUAAUAUGCCCUAUGGUGAUAUUCCUGCUGGAGGAUGUAUUACUGGAAUUGGAAGAAUAUCUGGAAUCUGGUGUUGUUUCAUGGCAAAUGAUUCAUUAAUAAAAGGUGGAACCAUUUAUCCUAUUACACUGAAGAAAAUACUAAGAUCUCAAGAAAUAGCAAUUAAAAAUAAACUUCCAUUUGUCUACGUGGUAGACAGUGGGGGAGCAUUCUUGCCACUUCAGGCUGAGCUGUUUGCUGACCAAUUCCAUGGAGGCCGAAUAUUCUAUAAUCAGGCUGUAAUGUCUGCACUGAAAAUCCCUCAGGUGUCAAUUGUAUGUGGCUCUUGUACUGCUGGAGGUGCUUAUAUUCCUGUGAUGUCAGAAGAAACAUCCAUUGUAGACAAAAUUGGGACAGUGUUUCUUGGUGGUCCCCCUUUAGUUAAAGCAGCCACAGGAGAAGAUACUAAUCCUGAGGAAUUAGGAGGAGCCAGUGUGCAUGCUAAGAUCAGUGGCUGUGUUGAUCAUUUCGCAACUUCUGAAAAAGAAGCAUUUGAAUAUAUUAAAAAUGCUAUUUCAACACUGAAUUAUGUAAUUCCUAUAGAAGAGAGUCUAGAAUUUGAUAAUCCCUUGUAUGGUGAUGAUGACCUCCUAGGACUUGCACCACAAGAUUAUAGUUACACAUUACAUAUAAAAUUGAUUCUGAGUCGGAUAAUAGAUGGCAGCAGAUUCCAAGAAUUCAAAGUUAAUUAUGGUAUAACUUUGGUAACAGGAUUUGCCUACAUAGAAGGAGAACUAGUUGGAAUAGUGGCUAACAAUGGUGAGCUGACACAGAAUGCUUCUCUAAAAGGUUGCCAUUUCAUACAGCUUUGUAGCCAAAGAAACAUUCCUAUCCUGUUUCUCAUGAAUACUGCUCCAUAUACUGCAGAGGCAACUAAUCCCAUACAGGCAGAAGAUCAAGCUAAUAGGUUAAAGGCACAGGCCUCCAUGAUGGCUGCAGUUGCCUGUGCCUCUGUACCAAAGAUAACAGUUGUGAUUGGUGGCUGUUUAGGAAAUGAAAGUUAUGCUAUGUGUGGAAGAUCGUUUGAUCCAAACUUUCUGUUUCUUUGGCCGAAUGCAAGAAUUGCCCUUGUGGAUUCAAGACAUUGUUUCACAUUCACACAGCUCUGGAACAAUAACUAUUCAGAACCAGAAAUAGACUUAAAAUUAUUAAAAGGAAAGCUGCAAAAUGAAAGUAAUGCAUUUUACUCUUCUGCCAGGAUCUGGGAUGAUGGAGUAAUCUUGCCCCAGAGUUCAAGGAAGGUUAUUGGACAAUGUUUAAGAAUUAUGAAGCAACAAAGAUACCGGAUAGUGUCUGUGCAACAAUCUUCUUUUCCUAUCAUGAGAAUGUAAGGAAGUAAAAGUACAGACACUCUCAAGUCAAUCUUGACUCCUCUGCCCAUUGUGACACAUCCAUCUGUGAUCUUGGCUACAAUAUAGAAGAAAAGUAUUUUUUACUUCCCAAUGUAACUCCAAUGUUAGAACACUAUUAUGUAGAAUUUAUAUAAUCAAGAAAUUAUUUUUUUAAAGUCUCAAAGAUUUAAAGCAAAGGUUUUCACUUCCCAGAGUUUAUACAGAACAUACUGUGAAUAUAUAGGUGUUCAAAUCUGAAGAUACAAAUACAGGUAGCCCUCGACUUAUGACCACAAUAGAGCCCAACAUAUCUGUUGCUAAAUGAAACAUUUGUUUAGUGAAUUUUGGCCCAUUUUAUUACUCUUAACACAGUUGUUAAGUGAAUCACUGCAGUUAUCAAGUUAAUAAAAAGGUGGUAAGUGAAUAUGGCUUCCCCUUUGACUUUGAUUGUUGGAAAGUCACAGAAGGUGCUCACAUGACCCCAGGAAAUUGCAACCAUCAAAAAUAUGAGUCAGUUGCUAAGCAUCUGAGUUUCAAUCAUGUGACCAUGGGGAUGCUGCAAUGGUUGUAAGUGUGAAAAACGGUCAUAAAUCGAGGACUACUUGUAUCAUAAGUCAUAAGUUUUUUUUCAGUGCUGUUGUAACUUUGAACCAUCACUAAAUGAAUUGUCGAGGACUACCUGUAGUACAGUUGAAGAUAAGGAGAAGCUAUGAAUAUUUUUUUAAAAAAUAAAUAUUCACAUUUUACAUAAUUUUUAUUAGACAAAUCAUUAUUUGUAAAAUAAAGAUAUUUAAGGUAUCAGAGAGAUCAAAUUCAAAAUAUCAUUUUCUCUGAUAAGUGACAAAGAUGAAUUAUUUUACUUUAAUUUUUAAAAAUAAUUUAUGUUCAAAUAUUAAAACUAUAAGAAAUCUAAAGUUGUUUCCAAACUAAUAAUUUGCUAAAUACUUAUUUCUAAUUAUUCACUACUUAAUCUGCCAGAGUUCAAGGUUAUUUGUUGUGUUUCACCCAUGUUCUAUUAUCAAACAAUUUUAACAAUUUUAAUUUUAAUUGUAAAUGUUUAUCUGAAGUUUACUGAGAUUAUAAUGCUGAUGCUGUUCCUCAGAAUCUACAGUACUAACAACAUUUAAUUAUCCUUAUUUAUGGUGCAUUAUAGUCAGGAAAACAUUCUUAAAAAUGGAUACUUUCUUAAGUAUUAAAAUUAAAAUUGGGCCUCAGCACAGGAAAUCGUUAAUGUUAAACUAAUUUUGCAAAUCACUGGCAGAUAAUUAGAAGAAUGCUUUAUGUUUUUCUGCACAUUGUAUUAAAAAGAAAGAUUGACAGACAA